ACCGCUGCUGCCGCCGCCGCCGCCACUGCCGUCGCCGCCGCUGCCACCAGAGAGGAGCAUGUCUGCAACUCGAGCCAAGAAAGUGAAGAUGGCCACCAAAUCAUGCCCCGAGUGCGACCAACAGGUUCCUGUUGCAUGUAAAUCAUGUCCCUGUGGUUACAUAUUUAUUAGCAGAAAACUUUUAAAUGCAAAACACCCAGAAAAAUCACCAUCUUCUACAGAAAACAAGCAUGAGGCCAAGAGGAGGCGAACAGAGAGAGUUAGGCGAGAGAAGAUAAAUUCUACAGUAAAUAAGGAUUUAGAAAACAGAAAGAGGUCUCGAAGUAACAGCCAUUCAGAUCAUAUCAGACGAGGAAGAGGAAGACCUAAAAGUGCAUCUGCCAAAAAACAUGAGGAAGAAAGAGAGAAACAGGAAAAGGAAAUUGACAUCUAUGCUAACCUCUCUGAUGAAAAGGCUUUCGUGUUUUCAGUCGCCUUGGCAGAAAUAAAUAGAAAAAUUAUUAAUCAAAGACUUAUUCUCUGAUAUUUGUCUGCAAAAUGUGUUGAAACUUUCUUCAGGAUUACAUCAGCAAAUUCUCAAACAGUUACGAACUCCCAGGAGCAUUCUGACUGCAUCAAUAAGGGCCAUUGAUUGUUUUUUUUUCUUUAUCAUUUAGCCUGUGGCACACUUUGGGAGCAAAGCUGCAGGCUUGGACUGUUCUGGGAUUUCCUUGUUUACCAAGGAGUAUUGUCAGUGUUUGUGUUUGGGAUAUAGUGUAUUAACCCCCACCCCCCACUGAAAAAAAGAAAAAAUGCUGGAUGGCUUUUACAAGAUUAAGGGGUAGGGUUGGGAGUGGAAGUAAGGAAACUAGAGAAAUAAAAUGAUAGUUUGCAGGUUUGCCACCAGAGAUGCAAUAUUUUAAAUACUUUGAGAAAGAGUGACUUUUAAAAAUAUAUAUUUCAGAUUUUCAGCACUAACAUUGCAUAUUUGCAGUUCAUUUAGUAAAUUGGCAUUUUAUUGAAUGGGGAAUUAAUAAUAUAGACUGUAAAUUUUGUCUUAAAUUGAUUUUUUUCUUGGCCUUUAUUUUUAUAACUUAAGGUAUGAGUUAUAUUUUAGAAGCUACUUUCUAGUUUGGAAGUUUGGGUGCUAUAUGAAGAAAAACAUUUAAGGAUAUAUCAUACUUCAGAUAUUAAACACCUUGUUUUCUUGAAUGUAAUUUAUUUAUUAAUUAAAAAAAAUACUUUUUUGCUCUCAAGAUGGUGCCUGUUAACCUAAACAUAAAAUAUAUUUAUUACAUGCAAAAUAUUUCUUAGAUAGCCACUUUGAAGCAGUAAUGUUCUUUCUGAAUGGAUGUUCAUUUAUACAUCCUGAAAAUUAUUUAAAUUGUUACUUAACCUCACUCUGGAGGAAAAAAAUAAACCUUAAUAUUGAAACUAAUAGAUUAAAUAGUUUGGUAUAAGCUUUUUGUUCUAGUGAAGUUUUGUGAACUGUAUUUAAAUUAUUAAUUUUCUAGUGUUAAAUGAUAAUUGUUUAUAUUUGAUUUGUUUUAUAUAAAUGCUUUUGCAUUUUUGUAUAUCGAUUUAAUGCUUAACAUAUUCAAACUUGAUAAUGAUUUCCCUUAUUUUAAGUGGACUGUGGCCUCCCCGCACCCCCCCUCCCCCAUCUGUUUGGAAGUCCUGAAGCCUUAUUAGGGAAUGUAGGCAGCAGUUAGACUUAGCCCUUACUUAAGAGAACUUUCCUUUUUAAUUUCAACAACAGCAUUGUCAGCUUCAGAGUGCAUCUCCCAUUACCUCCCAGAAGAAAAGAGGUUUACCUUUUUUUCUACUUUAUUUAAAUGGUAGCCAGCAGAGGGAGCUUAAGAGGUUCUCUAGGUAGGAUGUAGGAUUUUUCCUAAGAAUUCCUUUUCCCUCAAUCCCCAUAUUUACCUGCAAGUACUACUACAAUUAUCUUGUAUGCAUUUUAAAGCCCUAGUAAUAAAGUUUAUUCCCAGAAAUGUUAAUGUGAUUUUAUCUAUGAAAUAUAAGAAAAGUUUAAAUUUUGAGAAAAAAACUUAAGAUUAAUAUCUAAAAAUGCUUGUGAACUUAA